UUGAGCGGACACCUCUCUUGGGCGGACAAAAAAUGACUGACGGUGUGUGUGCGCCCAAGGGAGGUUUCACUGUACUCCUUUUUUCAACCGUUCGUUAUUUAAAGUAAUCAAUACAUUUAAAAAGGGAUUCGUUAUUUGGAGCGUUCGUUAUAUAUGCAUUCGUUAUACUGGAUGACCACUGUACAAGAUUUUUUUUAUGAAGCGCGGGGCGCCCUAAUGCCCACAUAUAUGUACAUAUACUAUUACCUACCCAUGCAAGGAAGCAGUGCUGGUAACAGUUGCCACACUACACAACAAAGCACGCGGAGGCACACAAAGCGUACAGCACAUAAUGGUGUGGGAGGCGGAAGGGGAAAAGCACAGCUGAGUUGCGGUUAUCGUUUUUGUUGCCAUCACUGCCACUGCCGCUGCCACUGCCGCUGCUGCUGCCACUACUGUUUUCUGAUUGCCAUAAUUAUUGUUGCCGUUGUUGCUGCUGCUUGGCUUACAUAUUUAAAUUUUUUCAGAGUUGUUUUUGCAUUUGUUUUGCCCGCUGUGCUGCAUUGUAAUGCAGUUGGGGCUACUACAUAGCUGCCGCGCGCUAGCACUAAACACAAAAUUCCCCCUGAUUGUAGUUUUCUUUUUUUUCUCGUUGUCUUGGCUGAUACUCAACUUUGUUACUGUAGCAGUGGCUGGCUGUCUUUUUUCUAGUCGUUAAUGCCAGUGCCGUUGUUAUUCCAAAGCUCCAACAACAUAUAAAUAAACGGAAAAACAAAAAACUGAUACGAACAAGGCGAAGCAAAGCGAACGACAUGAAACAAGCAAAACAGGCGUGCGGCGAAGGCCGAAGGCGACAUAAGAGAGCCAGUUUGGAGCUUACGUAUGUAUGUAUGUUUGUGUGUAUGCAUGGAUUGACUAGCUAGUAGCGCAGGGGUGGACGAAGGGGCGCGCGCGCUGUUGAAUGUAAAGUGCCAAAUGGUGGGGAAUAGUGCAAAGCAGCAGCACCAACAAAAGCAACAAACGCAGUGUCGGAGGCCUAGUGUAGUAGAGGGCGGCGGAGGAAGGUGGGAUGUUAAGGUAACUGUAGUAAGAGUUGUGCUGAGUGCGCACUGUGGGAGAGAGUAGAGUAUGGUGCGUUAGAGGUGACCGCGGCUGCUACGAGUACGGUUAAGUGACAGUCAGUGGUGGUGGCGCCGAUGGCGUUGACAAUUCGAUGUGACACAGUGGGGCAAACGCGACGGACGCGGUAGCAGCUGAUAGGAAAACGUAUAACAGUGAUACUACUCGAAUUUAUAGGCGAAGAAAAGUGUAAGAAUAUUUAAGAAAUUUAAAAUACAAAAAUGAACGCUAGUGCGUUGCAAAAUAUAAAAACAGCAAUCAGUGAGAUUGUAUCAGGCAGUUAGUAAUGCAGGUAAGUUAGUCAGUGGCAAAGUGAGUAAGCAAUCAACGGUCGGUUGCAGCCACAGUGACUGUCCAAAGCAGCUCUUAGUGCGGCCACGACAAGCGCAAUACAUAACUUAACCAACAACAACAAUAAAGAUAACAACGGCAGCAGCGCAAUAACCGAGUGGAGCAAGUAGACAGCGCGCGCAGCGACCGCAGCCGCGACGGAGCAUGCCACACACAGUUUAAAUAUGUGAAAUUAGUACAAAUCGUGAUUUCAACGGUGAACGACGAACGUACGGCGGGCUGCACACAACACACGACACGUUGUUGCGGAACGGACGCGCAGGCAACUCAGCACACAACAGAGCAAGCAACGGAAUCAGCAAAGCAAUACCAAAGGCAAACGCGAGUAAGUCAGACAGCCAGCAAGGCGGCCCGAGUCAGUCAGCCAGCUAACUACAUACAUAUGUACAUUCAUGUGUAAAUACAUACCAGUCGAGUAAGCAAACAAAUAAGCAAAAGGCAGGCAAGUAAGCAAAACAAGCAGCCGAGCGAAUGAGCCACUAACCACAAACGUGGUGGUGGAAGAGAAAUCAACAGCAACAAAAACAAGCAAGCAAGUAUAGCAACAACAAGAACAAGAGUAGCAGUGUAGACAACACGAAAGCUAAGUAGUAGCAAGAGGAGAGUACAACAACAGCAAGCAUUAUUGCUCCACGCCACAGCAAAAACUGCAAACACCUCCAAAAGCGCCGCGCCAGUAUGUGUCAGUGCGCGAGUGCAUGCUAGGCAAGCAGAUAUUCGGACAAUUAUUUAGUUAGUGCUAAGAAAAAGGAAAACAAAGUGAAAAUACAGCUGACGGCUGCACGACACGACGUACGUACGAGCCCCAACAUCGCGCGCGCACACAAACGUCACACACGAGUGUACAGGCUCAACAACGAUUGACGAGGCUAACGCGGAGCGAGUCGUGUUCAAUUGAUAGACAAAGGAGUGGAAAGAGCCAUUGUUGACGGCGGCGCAAUCAGCGCAAGGCGAAGGCAACUCCACGGCCAGCAAGGUGAUACGAACCGCGCGGCUAGACGCAGGCUAACGCGCAGCAGCAACAACACGGCCACGCAGGACGCAGUGCAAACGACCCCCAUUCCCAUCCCUAAUCCCGCGACCCCACAAAUCCAGCACCGACCCACCCCGCCUUACGGGCAAGUUGGAGUAGCCAUCGACAAGCAACCGUUCGCGUCUCUUCCCUCCCCGUUUACAGCACCAGCAACGAGUCGGCGUCCACUGCGACGACGUCAGACGCCGCGACAGCAGCAAGUGUGUGUAAUACCGAAAAAAUUGCAGGCAUCAGCGAAAAAAGAUAAGCGCAGUGAGGGCAUUUCAAACUUCGCAGGCAGCAACAAAGACGACUGCGGAACCACCACUGUAGGCAACGGUACUGCGGAUAACAGUAUAACACGUGAAGGAGAGCGUCUCUGUGCCAUAGCGGCAGUGGCAGUUGGUAGUGUGGUAUCAGCGCUGGCGAGAACGAAAAGGCAACGCGGUAGAAGGCGGCACGUAGCGACUACGCGUAAGUUAAUCGCAAGUAAUUUUGACAAAAAGAAAACGGGUAACGCUUUAGGCAGAACGACCACCUGUUCUAGUGAUCCGAUUAUCGUAGAAAAAAGUGAACAACGCGAGUUGGGCAGCAGCAAUACGACAGCAGCUAACACCAACAGCUCCACUAAAUCAGAAUCAUCAAUAGAAGUGACCUUGACAACAUUGACAACGUCCCCCGCAACGGAGUCGCAGACAAAGGCGGAUAGGGGCAGCAGGGACCCUAAGGUUGAGGCUGACCCUGAGGCAGCGCCCACGACGACCACCGAUUCGGCUGUGUGCCCGCCUGAGACAGAGAAAGCCAACAACAUUCCCCCGCCACAGCAUCGGCGUCGUCGCAAAGCGCGCCUUACUUACAAACGCGCGCCACCGACACCAUCGCCGUCCUCCAUGUCCUUGUCGGUGGCGCUGCCUGCGCUCCAUACGGCGGCUGGCCUAGCGUCAGGCGGGGGGACGGCAGCAACUAAUGGUGGCGGCGGCGCGGCUGCACUUUCACCCACUUUUGGCGUUGGCGGCGAAUCGCUGCCUAGCCCUACAAACGAUCGCGUAGAGUGGUCGCGUUCCACCAUACUUGAUUUCAUCGAAGAUUAUCGCAUGCAUCGCGUGCUUUGGGAUCCCAACACGAAGGGUUACCACAUCAAGCAAACGAAGUAUGAGGCGCUCAAGCUGUUGGGCAACAAAUAUGGCACCGAAAUACGCUCGAUACGCAGUAAAAUUAAAAGUUUACGUUCGUCAUUUCAUCGCGAACACGGUAAGGUGCUGAUCGGCAGGCAAAAAGGUGUCCACUACCAGCCCAUGUGGUUUGCUUACGACGCCAUACGUUUCAUACUCGAUGGCGAGGGCGGCAAUGGUGGCGUUGGCGGUGGCAGCACUGCCACAGCAGCGCGCGGCCAACACGCGCAAACAAGGGCGACGGGCGCAAUAGGCGAGGCUGACGAAGUGGAAGAGAAACUCACAUUGUUACGCGACGAUAGCGUUGACGGUGGUGCUGGUGGAGGUGGGGAUGACGAAACGGACGGCGGCGGGGAGAGCGGUGAACUGGAUGAUAAAUACGCAGCUGCUGUGCGCGCCAUACAAGCAGCAGCGCUGGCUGGUGCGCGGGAGAAUGUCAGCGGUGGCGGCGCUGUAACGGCUGGAGUGAACGGCGCGGCGGUGGCGGGAACCACAGUUGACGAAUUGAAAGUGGAACCACAAGCAACAAGUGUGACGGCAGCAACAUCAGCACCGGGGAGCGCUACAAAAACAACAGCGACACCACUGUCGUCGGCAGGGGCACUGCCAGCACAACAACACCCAGCCACUGUGGUUUAUGGCAUGAAACCAGCCACUGCAGUGGCAUUAUUGGCCAACAGCAAACUAUUCAAUGCAACACCAGUGACAACUACAACAACAACAAACGUUACAACGACAACAACGAGCGAGGCGCUCACCACAACCGCAGCCACUACGCAUAGUGCAGCAGCAAAUUCGGCGCCAAGUACAGCAACAACUACGGCUGCGCUUUUGCAACAUAGCGGCAAUAGUGAUGACAAAAAUAAAAGCAACAACAACGGCAGUGGCAAUAAUACGAACGUCAACAACGCAAUGGCCAUGAUGACAAUGACGACGCCAGCGUUGACAAUUAUCGGCAGCGCUGGACUGGCAAUGGGCCUUGGUGGCCUGGCGACAAUGACAACAGCAGGCGGUGCGGGCAGUCUCGGGGGCGGUUGUGGCGUAGGUGUGCUAGGCGGCGGUGGUGGCACAACAAUGUCGCAUGCAUACGGCGCUACCACACCGCUCCAUCAGGCCGCCGCCACAGCCAGCGCGGCUGAUGGCGACGAAUCGGCGGCUGCGAACAAUAAUUUGGUGGCGCGUAUGGCCGCAGCUGUAGCGGCAGCAGCAGCAGCUAAUGCCGCGGCGGCGGCAAAUGCAAAUCGGAAUGUCGCUGGGAGUAUCGAGGAACAACAGCAACAACAACUAGCUACGGCGCGGUCCACAGCUGCAGCGGGCACCGGCACGGCCGCGGCAGGUUUACUCGGCACUGGAGCUGCCAGCACUGUCGCAACGACUGCCACCGAUUAUGAGGCCGAUAUACAAAGCUUUUGUUGCAACAUCAGCGCGGACGAUGUGAAAACAGAAAUUUUCGAAGGCGACACUGGUGAACUAGUCAUGCUUGAACAACAACAACAACA